UUCGAAAUAAAAUGAGUGUGGAAAACGUUAGAAAAAUUAGAAGUUCAUGUUUGGCAGAGUAAGUUUUACCAAAACUAACUAGAAUUUUGAAUACGUCAACUACUAUUAGUUGAAAAUGACUUUGAUUCAGAAAACUUUGUUAUUAUUUCUUGUCAUCUAUUAUUUUCAUGGAAAUCAUGCAUUGAAGUUACAAGGUUCAGCAGAAUAUUUAAGAGAUGAUCUUAAUUUGCCAAUUGAAUUCAUUGAAAAAAUAGAAAAUGCUUUUAUUCAUGAAUUCAAACAAGCUAUAAAAAGAAAUCAAAUUAAAUUUGAAAUAAAAAGUAAGUAUUGUCAUUUUUCUCAACCCGAAGAAAAGUUUGAAGAAUUUAUUGGAAGGUAUAAAAAGUCUGUUGAACAUACAUGUAGAGUGCAAACAAAGUUAAGAAAAUGGUUCCAUUUUAAAUCGCCUUGUUAUUCCAAUUUAAAAAUGCUUUUUAAGAAAUAUGCUGACAUGUUGAUUUUUCAAGAAUUUUUGACUUGCUCUAACUCUAUAAAAUCCAAUAACAUGGAAAUAAGACCAAAUAAAUUACAAAUGAGAUUGAGGAGAUUAUUUGCAAAAAAGAAUGAAAGAGUGCCAUCAGAGUAAAUCAGAUGUAAUUAUAGUAAUAACGACGCCAAUUUAUGUAAAUAUUACUGCGUUCAGUUGACCUAUGCUGCAUACAGGAUGUAUUUUCCUAUGUAACAUUGUAUGUAACUUGUAAAAGUAAUUAAUAAAAAAAAGUUAUUAAAAAAAACUUA